UAUUGUUAAACAAAAACGAAAAAACAAAUUAAUUAUUUAUUAGGUGUCUCCCCCGUCUUUGCCUGUUGAGCCGGUUUUAGGUUAUCUUCUAAUACUUCCCAUGGCUUUUCAUGCCGCACAGCAUCCCAUGGCAAUGGCGCAUCGUAUCGUUCUGGUUCUUGCAACUUAACGCCAUUUUCUUCCAAUGUUUUUAGAAACUUGUCGACUUUACCUCCGGCAACUGCGUCAAUAUUGCAGGCAAUUUCAGUAAUGCCUGACUGGAGGCAUCUCAUUGCCAGCACUCGAGCAAGAUUCAAAAAGGCAGGUGUAUCUGUGGUUUUGUAAAGAUGCUUUUUAAUUGCCCAUUCCGAUGUGCUCGCACCGACAAUAGGACCAUUUUGAAAAUGCCUCACUUCUGCAGUUACGUAACGUCCACUUACAGUCAACUCCAAUUUAUGCCAAAACGAACGUCCAGGUUUUUCCAAAAAAUAACCAUUGGGUUUAUGUGCAAUACGCAAUCUCUCCAGAUUUCUUGGAUUUCGAUUUAUUAAAACCGGUUCACCCGUGGGUUGGCUGAUUUCCUUGAUUUUACGCAAAACGCGUGAGGAUCUUAGUGGUUGAAAGUGGCCAGACAUAGUCGAAGUGACAAAUUAAUUCAAUAAUUAAUAAAUUGUUAGUUUUUGAAAAAACAAUAUUCUGGUUACGAAAAAUAUUGAAUGUUGACUUCUUCAAAGAUGUGCUACUAAUAAUCUCCGCUGACAGUUUGUAAGAACAAAUGCGCCGGCAUUUUUUAUGUAAAUUCACCGACGUUGGAAAAUUUCAAAAUUUUUUUAACAGCGUAUUCCACUUUGGCGUGUUCCACGAUAUGAUAUAUUAGAGUCUGUAUUAAUUAUAUAUGUAAUUUUCUUCUUUUCAGCUUAUUAGAUUAGCUAUUAUUUCAGUUUAAAAUUGUUAAUUAAUUAUUGUGCGAUUUUGUCGCAUAACUAUUCACCGCGCAAUUCAUCCGUUCACAAAUAAUUCACAAUGAAAAAGUAAAUAUUUACGAAUAUCUAAAGGAUAAAGGGAAAACAUAAAAGCAAAUGUCAAAAGCGCUUAAAUAAUAAAUAAUUUUAAUUAACUUUCGCAAAAUUAAGGCAUGCGCUAAAACAGGAGACAUUUGAAGAACCUGUGUUAACCAUUGCCUAUAAUCGCAUUGGGCACUUUGGUGGUUUGGUGUGGAUAUAUUGGAAACAUUUUGCCUUAUAGUAUUAUUAGAAGAGUUUGGUGUUAGAAAACGCGGUACAUAUCAAUAAUAAUGUUGUUGUCUGUGGUUGGAUUAAAUUUGUGUGGCCGAAUGCGGCUCCUAAACCGUGGGAGUUGCAUUGCUAUGGCUCGCAUACAGAAACCUUGCACUGCCGGAUAUCCAACUUCCUCGAAACGGUUUCACGUCCAGCCUCAACAACAACCCCAGCCGCAGCAACUCGCUAUGGGCUACAAUAUAGAGUGGAUAUUCCAGCGUUUACGGUGUCCUUCGGGACUUUGGUAUAUUGCUAGUCAAAUUGCUAUUACAGCGGUGGGAUUGUUUGCUAAAUUUGUACUGGUUUUCCUCAACCGAACCGUAGUGUACAACAGAGAGAGACUGAUAAAUUUGAUAGAAAAACGUCCAGCCGGUGUACCGUUAGUCACAGUGUCAAAUCAUCAAUCAUGCUUCGAUGAUCCCGGCCUUUGGGGUGUGCUUCCCGUUAAAUUCGUAUGCAAUACAUUUAAGAUACGUUGGUCGAUGGCGGCGCACGACAUCUGCUUCACCAAUAAAUAUCACUCAACUUUCUUCAUGUAUGGAAAGUGUAUACCAGUGGUGCGCGGCAGCGGUGUCUAUCAGGACGCUGUCAAUUUGUGUAUACAAAAAUGUGCGCUCGGCCAUUGGGUGCAUGUCUUUCCCGAGGGCAAAGUUAACAUGACCAAGGAGGAGAUGCGCCUCAAGUGGGGUGUGGGUCGUAUCAUAUACGAAUCGCCACGCAUUCCGAUUAUUCUACCCAUGUGGCAUGAGGGCAUGGAUGAAGUGCUGCCCAACACUGAGCCAUACGUACUGAAGUGGGGUAAAAAGGUGACGCUGAAUAUCGGUCAACCUAUAGACUUGCAAGAUUUUAUACAGGAUCUGAAAGAUCGUAAAGUGCCAGAGCCAGAGGCGCGAAAGUUGAUAACGGACAAAAUACAAGAUGUGUUUUAUCAUUUACGCAAAGAGACCGAAGAACUGCAUAAAAAACGGCUAUAGUAAUUAAGUAAAUUCGUUUAUAAUUAUUUUGUUCACACAUUACUCGUAGCAAUUGAGUAUAAGAAUUCAUAAAAAAUAUAUAUUUAUAAAUGAACGAUUAAUAAGCAACAGAAACAAAUUAAAAAUAAGUUAUACACAUUUUAGAGAAUUAUAAUUUUUAAUUUCAAAAACAAAGUGCAAUAUAAAACUGUUUCAAAAAGCUAUGCAUACAUUUAUGUAACCCAAAAUUUUUAUAAAACAUUACUUAGUUGGUCUGAACAAAAUUCUAUUUUUAUCUAAUUCAAAAUAGUAAAAAUUAAGCAGCUAAUUACUUUGCAGUUAAAUCCAAGACAAAUAUGUAAACCUUAACGUAUUGAGUAAAACUCACCUUUAUGUUUAUUAAAAUAAGUGUAUUUAUGUAAUAAUGUCUGUAGAAUGAUUAUUGUCACUCAUGUAAUUUUUAUGUUAAAAUUUUAAUUGCUUAAAUGUAGAAAAAAUUAACUAUAACAAACAAAAAUGCGAAUACAUACAUAUGUACAUAUGUAUAUGAAUUUUAUAUAGUGCCCGAUAUUUUCAAAUAAACAAUUUGGUUAAUACGCUAAGAUACAUAUUGAAACGAAAUAUAUUUAUAUAUAUGAAUACUCAUAUAUAAUAUAUAUAAAUGAAUAUAGUAUUGUAUACGAGCGUUAAGAUUAUCGUAUGUAUAAGAGAACUAAAGUGUACGAUCUUGUGAAAAGAGCCUUUAAGAAAUGCUUUUUGUUGUGCUGCAUAACGAGCGAAACUAAAGACAUUUAAAAUGCAAAUGAAAAUAAAAGUAACGAAAACCAAA